CCUGUGUGGGAUACUAAAAAAAGGUCAAUGUUCCUCCACUAUCCCACUUAGGUAAAUGCAGAUGAGCACUAGUUGGUUUGUGAAAUUUCUAUCCCAAUGCCAGCAUGUUUUUAGAGAAAAAAAAGGACAUAUUCACAUAGUGCUAUCUAAACCAGUGAGUGGAACAAUUCUUCAAUCCAGUAUUUAUCAUUUACAGAUAUUAAGAUGAGCACAGAUGGUGUGGAACACUCAGAGGCUCACCAUGAACAAUCAGACAUUGAACAAAGACAAAUUAAAACAGAGAACCUCAACGACUCUCUCCAUGCACACAAAACAUGUCACCCGGCACAAGGAUCCCCAAUACCUGGAGUCCAGGCAAGCCAGCUGUCAGUGGAGCUCCCCUCCCUCCACACCAUGCCACAGCUGGUGCUUAUGUCAGGCUCUCACCACCUCUCAUCCCCCUCCUCCUUCCUCCUCUCUCAGACACAACAUACGGGGCAUCAAGCACUUCUGCAGCAGAACCUGCACAACUUUCCCACCCAGAGCCAGUCAGGUCUCCUUCAGCAUCAGCCUGGGUUAGCACUAACACCUCAGGCCAUGAGUCGGUCGGGCCUGACGUCGUCGUCCAUGGAAGGACACGUGGACAUGUCCCAUGUCCCCAAACACAUAGGGGCACCCCAGCAGGACGAUCCCAGCGACCUAGAGGAGCUGGAACAGUUUGCCAAGGCCUUCAAACAGAGACGCAUCAAACUGGGCUUCACCCAGGGUGAUGUAGGCCUGGAUAUGGGGAAACUGUAUGGGAAUGACUUCAGUCAGACUACCAUCUCCCGCUUCGAGGCACUCAACCUGAGCUUCAAAAAUAUGUGCAAGUUGAAGCCGCUACUGGAGAAGUGGCUGAGCGACGCAGAGAAUUCUCCCUCUGACUCUAUGGCCAACGUUGCCUCUCUACCCCCCCUGAUGGAAGGCUAUGGAAGGAAAAGGAAAAAGAGAACAAGCAUUGAAACCAACAUCAAGUUCACCCUGGAGAAACGCUUUCUUGACAACCCCAAGCCUAACUCGGAGGAGAUCACGCUGAUCUCAGAGCAGCUGUCUAUGGAGAAGGAGGUGGUGCGGGUGUGGUUCUGUAACCGUAGACAGAAGGAAAAGAGGAUCUACUGCCCUGUGUCCACCUCACCCAUGAAAUCACAUAACUUCAACCACAGAAUGCCUUCAUGUAACACCCUGUUUCAGGCCUCCACGUCCAGAUCAUACAGCCCUCUUGCUUCAGGAGGAGUGUCAUCGAGUCCCUCUCCUAAUAGUCCUAGUCAUGGGCCUUCGCUCGGCACACUCUCGUCUGGCUCCCCUGCUUUGACCUCCCAGGUCAACCAAUCCUUCAGCUCACCAGGGUCGUGGUAUCGCACAUGGAACCCUAUGCCCUAUCACCACUGAGAAAUCCUGCCUGUUGUGGAAGAGAACUAAAACUACCGAUGUCAAUGAAGGGAAACAGAAAUGAUACAAUCCAUCAAACACACAUAUUGUCAAAUGUCAUAUACAAUACUUGGUCCCACUUUAAAUUAUGUUCAAAUUAUAGAAGCUUCAUGAUGCCUUCAUAAGCACUACAUAAAUGUGUUGCAAAGUAUCUUUAACUGUAUUUCAUGGUUUAUAAAGGGUUCAUAAAUGUGGCCUAACUAUGUGACCUAAUCACCAAUGUCAACUGCCAUAACCCACUAUGUCGAAUGUGAUAUAAACAUGUGCUUUAUAAAAGGGUGACAUGUUGUGCUGAAGCAUGGCAUAAGGUUCUAAAGUGAUGUCAUGUUAGUCACAUUACUCCUAACCUCAAACACUUCUGCCCAAAUGCGCAGAAGAUCUAGUGGACCAACACAUUAAACUUGGCCUUCAUAAGUUAGGGUUAGGUUUAAAAUCACAUUUUUGUUCUGUGAAGGGAGUAGUACACAGCGUUGUACCAGAUCUUCAGUUUCUUGGCAAUUUAUCGUAUGGAAUAGCUUUCAUUU